AUGGACGACCCGUUGAGUGCUGUCGACACCUCUGUUGCCGAACAUAUAUUUGAUAAAUGUAUAGUGAAGUACUUAUCGGACAAAAUCCGAAUUCUAGUCACACAUCAAAUCCAAUUCAUACGAAAAGCAACACAAAUACUGGUCUUAAGCUCAGAGGGCCGGUGCCUGGGGUUGGGCUCAUACGACGAGCUCCAGUCCCAGGGAAUCGACUUCAUGGCUAUACUGAAAGAUAUGGAACGGGAGGCCGAACACGACAAACAGGAACGGGAGCUUAUGAGGCCGUUCUCCAAGAAUAGUUACGAUGCAAAACAGACCCCAACCCCUAAUGCGACACUCCUGACGGAGUGGAUCAACGACAGGGUCCGGAGGCACUCCCGGAGCACAUCUGUGGCUCAGACCGAGAACUUCGAUAUAUGGCUAACUAAAUGGUAG